AUGUCCAACAUUCCCCAGGACCUGCUGGAUGGCAUAUCCGGUGCCCUCGCAAAAGAGGGUAACGUGCUACAGAUGAUCCUCGUCGCUUUCAUCGGAUUAUCAUGCUACAACGUCGCUGAACUAGUCGUACUCGUCCCAGCCACAUUCCGCCGGUGGCGCGGGCUCUAUUUCUGGUCCCUGCUUAUCACAGGAGUGCUCGGUGUCGUGCCAUACUCAAUCGGCUUCCUGAUGAAGUUCUUUACUCAGACUGAUUCCGUGCUGUCGGUCACAGUCCUGACUAUCGGCUGGUGGACCAUGGUGACUGGUCAAUCGGUGGUGCUGUACUCACGACUCCACCUUGUGCUACGGGAUGAGCGCAUGUUGCGCCGUGUAUUGCAGCUCAUCGUUGCAAAUGUCUUGCUCCUGCAUGUACCCACAACAAUCCUCACUUACGGCGCGAACAUAGUCCACAGCGGCGACGUCGCCUGGGUGAAUGGGUACAAUAUCAUGGAGAAGAUCCAGCUGACCGGGUUCACGAUUCAAGAGAGUCUGCUGUCAACGCUGUAUGUGAUAGAGACAGUUAAGCUGCUGCGUCUUGGGGCAGAUGUGUCUUCGCGCCCGGAUGCACGCAGCAUCAUGUACCAGCUGAUCGGGAUCAACUGCGCGAUCAUAGGGAUGGAUCUGCUGCUUUUGUGUCUCGAAUAUGCCAAUUUUUACGCCGUGCAAAUCACCAUGAAGGGAUUUAUUUACUCGAUCAAACUCAAGCUUGAGUUUGCCGUGCUUGGUCGUCUGGUAGAUCUCAUCCAGGGGUCCAGACAUCCUAUUUCCCUCGCUAUUGCUGAUACGUUGCCUCUUUGCUCGAUGCAGAGACCACCUGAGACGCCGGAUCGCAGUGAGGAUUCGCCUUAUGAGCAGGCUGAGCCGAAGGACUUUUUGGCUCUGCCGGUCGGAGGCCAAGUUGUUCAAAGGAGGAUGUUUGUGGAGUCUGGGAGGGUGGCUUCAUUAGCAAUAUGA